AUGUUCUCUAAGGCUCUCGGUCUUUUCGCUGCCCUCAGCGCAGUGGCAACUGCCCUCCCUGCUGUCCACAACAGCAACAACGUCCGCCAUCAUGCUCACUCUCAACACCGUCAAUUGAUGGCCCGUCAAGAGGCAAACAUCACCAGCGACGGCGUCCAGAUCGUCAACAACAUGGAAAAGACCGUCUACCUUUGGUCCGUCUCCGAUGUCUCGAGCGAAAUGUACACCCUCAACAGCGGCGAGAGCUACUCCGAGAACUGGCGCACCAACCCCAACGGUGGCGGUGUUUCCAUCAAGAUCUCCUUCUCUCCUGAGCAGACCAAUGUCUUGCAAUACGAAUACACCUACCAAGACCCCAUCAUCUGGUGGGAUCUCUCCUGCAUCAACAUGGGUGACAAUUCCGAAUUCACCACCAUGGGCUUCGCCGUCAGCUCCGCUGACUCUACCUGCGAGGCUGCUACCUGCGCCCCUGGUGACAUUGCCUGUGCUGCAGCUUACUUGCUUCCCGACGACAACUGGGCUACCCACUCUUGCCAGAGCCACGAUCUGCUUAAACUUGACCUUGGAUCUCUCCUUGACCAGGUCCAGGUAGACCCAUUCAUUCUGGAAGUCAGUUGA